GCUAGCUAUAGCACCAAAUCUUAGACUGUUUGCUCUGCAAUGUCCCCAUGAACUUUCAGGUGAAGGUGGGCACACUCAAUCUCUUAAAGUCAAUGCACUCACUGCUCCCAACUCUGCUCGUGUUCUCUGGAUCUGAGUCACUCCCACCUCACUCUUCCAGUUCCAACUUGCUAGUGAGUAGUUACUGUUUGAGACUUGAUCAAUGCUGAGAAAGAACCACCUCACAAUUCAGCAGAACCAAACUAGUAUUAUUUAUGUCUACUGCCAAAGACAAUCUUCCAGAAGAUUAGCCAGAACAUCCAACACCAAAUCAUUCAUCACAUGUGACGAUCCUAAAGGAGUUGUGGAUUGUGGGAUGAUAAUGAGGAGAUCCAAAAGCAGCGGUGGUUCACAGAUUAUGGAUAAGCAGAAGAAGAUCGAAGUCCAAAGAAAUUCGAAGAACUCAAUUAGUACAUCACCAUCUUCAUUGGGGUUGAUCUCCCAAGAGGAGUUUCAGAGCUCUUCAUCAUCUUCUUCUUUUCAGCUCAUGGAAGUUUCUAGAGGAGCUCAGAGGCUGAACCACAUGAUUGGUUCCUGGUCGAAUGAGAAGAAGAGAUUUGAUCAUGGCCAGUCUAAAGACAUUGCAAAAGAUUUGCUAAAAGGAGCGCUUGAUUUGCAGGAGAGUCUUGUUAUGCUUGGGAAGUUGCAAGAAGCUUCACAGUACAUGAGUAACUUGAACAAAAAGCACAUGGGACAGCCGGAAAGAGCUUACUCAAAUCGAUAUGGAGAUCAAGGUUAUGUGAAGCCAAGGCUUUCUUCUGAUGGAUACUCUUCAAGGAAUAGUAAUGAGGAGCUUAAGAAGGUGAUCAGAGACAGCCUUGUGAGGCAAAAAUUGUUCGAAAAUACAAGCACUGCUGAGAAGGGUUGUGCUUAUUCUCCUCAAAGAUACAGGGAUUCAUAUUCAGACAGUACUCCUUCCACAAGCUCAAGCCAGUCUUCUAUGUAUCAUAAUUCUAGUGAGUAUUCCAGCAUUGCAUCACAAAAGGCGAAAGGUCCAAGUCUGAUUGCCAAACUCAUGGGAAUAGAAGACUACCCUUUAAAAUCUGUGCAGGAGGGUGAGAAGGUUUCAAAACAGCAGAGGCCUGCAUUUGAAAUUGAUAGGCCAAAGGUGAGGAAGCCUCUGACUGCAUCGCAAAGUGUUGAUCCAGAAAAGAGGUCCUUAAGGGAAGUUCUUGACACGAUGCGGUUUAAAGGGCUUCUGAGAAACAACUCUUUUGAAGAGCCCAAGUUUGAGAUUCAUCAUUCCAAUAAAUUGGAAUCGGAGAAAAGGUUCAAUGGUGAUAGUCCACCAAUUGUGCUGAUCAAGCCUAUUUCUGUUGAAUCCCCAGAAAUGGAAGCAAAUGCACCAAUUGUUCGGGGAGAGGAAGCUUUCUACAACAGAAGGAUGCUUAAGAAAUUGAGAUCAGAAGAAGAGGUUUCUCCGAAAACAGCGAGUGGUAAAGAGGGAGCUUUGAGGUCUGACAAAGUGCAGCAAAAACUUGUAGUAGAAGAGACAUCAAUUAGAAAGACUAGCAAAGAAGAAGGAGCUAAAAAGCAUCGAGGGGCAGUGGACAAACAUGGAGAAAAAGAAGCCAAGACGAAAGAAAUGGCUUCGAGAAAGUUGAAAGCUUCUCAACCUGUAGUUCACAAGUCACAGAAGGAGGCAAUUGACAAGAGGGUUGAUAAGAUCCAAAAGGUAGCUGCUGUUAACAGGAACUCAGCGGAGAAGGAUAGAGUGAUAGCUAAAACCGUGUCAAAGUCAAAGUCUCAAGAUCAAGACAUUGUGACAUCUGCCAAGGCAAGAAAGCCUGAAUCUGGAUCAAACAUCAAAAGGACUCCAGUUUCUCGACAACCAAGUACUGUGACAAGCACAAGUUCAAAACGUUCAACCGUACAGAAUGCAGAGUGUAAUUCCAGCGAACGCAGAAGGAAUCAUUUGAGGAAGGAAAAGCCAGUCAAGGAGCCUACAGGAGCUAAAUCAGUUGCCAAAAAUGUUGUGAGCGAAGAAAUUGUCAGGAGAAUUGAUACCAGUGAUAAAAGUGAGUCUUCUCUGAUCAGCUCUGAAAAUACGCCUAUACUAACAAGCUCCAAUACUGAUUCUAGAGAUCAACUCCUUAAAGAAGAGGAAAAGGAAACCUAUGGAUCCCAGAGUGAAGGGCACUGCAAUAGUUUCCAAAGUUCUCUUUCUGAAGCUACAUCACUGAGCUCCAUGCAAGAAACAAACCCUGAAACUGCAGUAGAAGUUUCUGGAGACAUCAGUCAGAGUGGAAAGGAUGGCAAAACAGUCAGAAGUGGUGAAAAUCUCAGAGAAUUUCUUUUGAGUAAUGCAUCAUUUCUGAGUCAUGCCGAAGAGUAUUUUGAUCUUGAUGUGAAUGGCUCUACAAUCUUACAAACAUCUUCUGUCUCCAAUUUCGGAGUGUCGAAUUCAAGACUAGUUUUAAACUGUGCAAGUGAACUAGUCGAGUGCAAAAUAUUUCAAGCUUCACAAACAGUUGAUCCUCUGUCACUAACAUUCAAAGGCAAGUCAAAAGUUUCCAUAUCGUUGGACAAGUUGGUGGAAGAUAUUUGGAAUGGGAUCGAGAAUCUGAGAAGUUACAGCAAGCUUGCUGGUGAUAACCUUCUUGCAGAUAGUCUGUAUGCAAUGUUGGAGAAAGAUGUAAUGUGCAAAGGAGUAGGAAAAGGAACAUGGGAUUUGGGUUGGAGAAAUGGAUUUUCCGGGGAUGAAGGUGAGCAAGUAGUGAGUGACAUAGAGAGACUGAUUUUCAAUGGACUGAUUGAGGAGGUCUUUGCAUAAUCAUACGUAAUUUUAUCUGGUAUACAGGUUUAAGGUAAUCAUAGCAGUUUGUUCUUUUCUGUACAUAUAUUCAGCGCUAGAGUUAAUAGGAAGUGAGUACUAGAAACUCUACUCUUGAUUGGCAUCUGGAGGCUAUCAUCAAUUAUCGAUUUUUACAUAUGCGUCUUAACAGUUAGAUGACAUGUUCUAACCUUAGAGGCAAGAUAAAGGGAAGUUCUGCAAAUUAGGGUCAUAAAUUUCAAAAGUUCAAAUGUUUCCCUAUGUACUACUUUAAGAAACAUAAGAAUCUGAAACCAGUCCUUGCAGGAAAUUAUGACAUGACUUGGUUGUAUCA